CCAAACAUCAAUUUAUCAUUUCUGAUAAAACAUUAAGACAGUACGUUUUAUAAGAUUUUUAUAUAAACAUUAAUAUUUAUAAUAAUUGUUAUUUAAAUUAUGGCUAAGUCUGUAACUACAUAUGAAAAACCUUUACCACAUAUAAGUUUAGCAGAUUGGUAUGCUAAGCAAUGGGAUCUUCAGCAAAAUGCAGCUUUCAAAAGUGAAGAUGCAUUUAAAUUAAGAAAUACAGGGAAAAUUGUUUGUUCAGAGACAAUGGUGAAGACUAUUUGGGAUACUUACAUGAAUAAUACCCGUCUUGCAGAUAGAGUAACAGAAUUAUCACGUUGGAGAGAAUUAUUUCAGAAUUUGUUAGACAAAUUAGUUGCAGAAAUUAAAUUAUUACGCGAUGAGAAAGUUGAUACAGAAAAAGAAAUAGAAACUUUAAAUUUUCCAUUACAAUUAACAGCAGAAUGUAUUUCUAUGAGAGAUUGUCGUAGAGGAACAGAACUUACAUAUGAUGAAGCUGAUACAGAAUUGAAGAAAGAACUUUGUGUUAUUGAAAAUAUUAAAAAAUUAUUAACUCAAAGAGUGCAAGCUUCAUGGGAAAAGCUAAAUCGUUUAGAAGAAGUAAGAUUUACAAUGCAAUUAGAAGUGGAAGAUAAGGAUGAAACUAUUAAAAUAGAUAAAGAAAAUCUUAAUUUAGAUAGAACAUGUGCAAAUAUUAGCUAUAAACCAAAUGCAUUAAGAACUCCAAAAGGUUCAAUAUCUUAUGAAGCUUGGUUAGAACAUUGUCGUUAUAUUAAAACUUUAGCUGAUAAUGAAUUAAGCGAUGUAUAUACUUUUCGAGAAGCUUUAAAUGUAAUGCGUGAACGUGCUAGAAAUGAUAUUAAAGCUCAACAAGAUGCAACGGAUUUUAGUUUACGUAAAAGAAUAUAUCAAACGCAAAAAGCUAGAAAUGAAUUAGAAUGGCAAAAACUUAAAAUUCAAAAGGAAAUGGAGAUUUUACAAAAAGAAAUAGUGAGACAAGAAGAUGCUUUACUACAUAAAAUUGAUUCAAUAAAAUGUGCACAAACAAGAUUAGAAAAUCGUACUUAUCGUUCUGGUUUUGAACUUUGUCGUGAUGAAGCUGAAUUAGGUUUAAAAGAUGAAGUUUUAAACUUGACACAAACUGAAAAAGACUUAACUAAAGUUUUGGAAAAUUCAAAAGGAGCAUAUAAUAAUUUGGAAGGUUUACUUCUACAAGUUGAUAGAAAUCUAGAUGACAAGCAACAUUCUUUAGCAACAGAUGUGAUGUGUUUAGAUAUGAGAGCAACAUUAAAAACAGGAGAUAGAACACGAUUGCCAAAUGAAACAGAUCGUAACAUUGUUCUUACACGUAUGGAAAAAGAAAUACCACUUGAAUCAUGAAUUAAUUGGAAUUUUUAUAUAAAUUUAAAAAGAAUAUUUAUCAGAUACAUAAAAUAUCUAUUUAUUGUAUUAUUUAAUAUUUCCACUGCACACACUUUACUAUUUAUGUAUGCAAUGUUUGUAUAUCAUUUUUAAUAGCAUCUGGAUUGGCUUUAAUUAAACUGUAUUCUGAAAUAAAUAAAUCUGUCAAUAUUGGUUCUAAAGUUU